AUGAAGAUCGCCUCCUGGAAUGUGAGGGGCUUUAACCAAGCUCCCAAACAGCAAGAAGUGCAGAGCUUCUUUCUGAGACACAAGCUAGCAGUGAUGGGUGUGCUAGAAACAAAACUAACAGAACAGGCUUUUCAAAGAAUAAAAACCAGAAGGUUUCAAAAUCUGGAAAUGCAGCACUACAUUAAGGAGGGCUCCUCUAGAAGUAGAGUAUUGGUUAUUUGGGACCCUCACCAAGUCACUUUUGGAAUAACAAAGUUUGAUGAGCAAUAUUUACAUGGACAUGUAACCAGUGCAGUGACACAAAAGACAUUCCAGAUAACCAUUGUGUAUGGGCUGCUAAGUAUCAGCAAGCGAAGGAGGUUAUGGGAGGGAUUGGAUGUGAUUGGGGAAAGCAUGAACACGCCUUGGAUACUCCUUGGAGAUUUUAAUUCCCCAAUCUCAGUGGAAGACAAAGAAGGUGGUAUGCCGGUAACUGCUUAUCAAAUCUCAGAUUUUCAAGACUGUGUUCUACAUAAUGGCUUGGAGGACUUACCUCAAGUAGGUUGCAAAUACACUUGGUCCAAUAUGGAAGUCUCUUGCAAAUUAGAUAGAAGCAUGGUCAAUAAGAUGUGGAUGGAGCAAGAUAUGAGGGGAUUGGCUAACUACUUACCACCAGGUUACAUCUCGGAUCACACUCCAUGUGUGGUCAACAUUAUGGUAGCUAUAGAGCAACCAAAGAAACCCUUCAAAUUCUUCAAUAUGUGGACCACCCAUGAAGAUUAUAACAAGGUGAUGGAGGAGCAAUGGGUAAGCAUUGGGCUGGGCACAUUGCAGGGCAAGGCACAGUUCAGGUUCAAGGUGAAAUUGCAACGUUUGAAAGCCACUUUUCGGCAGUUUAACAGGCUACAUUUUCAGCACAUAAAAGAGCGAUCGCUACGGGCGCAAGAGGAGCUUCAAAGGAUGCAGGAAAAUGACUACGCUACUGGGAUUUUUGAAGAUGGAUACCAGCAAGUCCGAAAAAGAGCAGACAAACUCAGCAGGACAGAUUUUCUCUACUGUAAACAAAAGGCUAAGUGCAAGUACUUUAAGGAAGUGGACCGAAACACUACAUAUUUCCAUGCCUUAGUCAAGAGAACAAACCGAUGA